AUAUUGAUCGAACCAGCUGAGCCGUGUUUGACAAGCCGUAGUCCGUACGUUUCUCGUAAUGUUUCGGACGUGGUCCUUUCUAUUUUGAAAUCGCCUGUCGUAUUCCACCUCCGCCCACCCGGAAAAGUGAAUCGGCCCAGCCUUUACGCGAUGUAAACCCAAGUGGAGUAAAGUGUCGCAAAGGUGUCAAAUUCGAACCAACCCGACAUGGAAGUCGUCGGAGACUACGAGUACAACAGCAAAGACCUUAUCGGCCACGGUGCCUUCGCAGUCGUCUUCAAAGGACGGCUCAGGAAGAAUCCAAGGGUCAUCGUAGCCAUUAAAAACAUAACAAAGAAAAAUUUGGCCAAAUCGCAAAACCUUUUGGGAAAGGAGAUUAAAAUUUUGAAGGAAUUGACUGAAUUACAUCAUGAAAAUGUGGUAGCUCUUUUGGAUUGCAAGGAAACAGCUCAGCAUGUUUUCCUUGUUAUGGAGUAUUGCAAUGGUGGAGAUUUAGCCGACUAUCUUGGUGUUAAGGGGACAUUGAGUGAAGAUACAAUUCGUCUUUUUCUCAAUCAAUUAGCUGGUGCAAUGAAGGCUUUACAUGCUAAAGGGGUGGUUCACAGGGACCUUAAGCCCCAGAAUAUUCUUCUUAGUCAUUCAGGACCAAAACCUUGCCCACAACCUUCUCAAAUAAAAUUAAAAAUAGCUGACUUUGGCUUUGCCAGAUUUUUACAAGAUGGUGUAAUGGCAGCUACUCUCUGCGGUUCACCAAUGUACAUGGCACCUGAAGUCAUAAUGUCCUUGAAGUACGACGCCAAGGCAGAUUUGUGGAGUCUUGGAACUAUAGUUUUCCAGUGUUUAACCGGCAAAGCACCAUUUCAGGCUCAAACGCCACAGGCUUUAAAAACAUUCUAUGAACGGAACGCUAGUCUCUCUCCAAAAAUUCCCAGCGGCACCUCGCCAGAGUUGACUGAAUUAUUAAAUGGACUUUUAAAGAGAAACGCUUCAGAUCGAAUGGACUUCAAUACAUUCUUUAACCAUCCAUUUUUACAGCCUCCCAAGCAACCUCAACAGCAGCAACCACCAAGUCCCCUUUCAACAAGUCCCGCACCUGACCCAGGAUUUCCAAUAUGCAUGACACCAGAGGAUUCGGAUGAUUUUGUUUUGGUGCCUUCUAAUUUACCGAUGGAUAAACAUGGGCAUGAAAUAAGCAUGAGUCCACCAAGGCCCAGUUCUCUUCCGAUUCCAGUCCCUGCCAGGACAAGAGCACAGCCAAUUACUCAGCCCAUUACAAAUAAGAGCAACGUUCCAAGAUCACAGCCUAUUAAUAUGCAGCAGGUGAUGAAUAAAGCGUCCCCUCCUGAUAUCUCUUCUCUGACACCACCUCCCGUACAAUAUUCAAUGGGAACACCCCCAGGUAGCAAAUGCAUACCAGAAACACCCCCUCCCGUAAACACAUGGACUGUGACUCCCACUAAUUCACCACUUCGGAAAUCAAUGGUUAAUUCACCUCUUCUCACCGGUGCCUUGACAUCUAUGAACACUAACUAUGUGCUACCACUAGUUCCUUUCAGCAAACCUAUAACAGGAAAUUUACCAGACUUUAACACCAUCGAAUCCCCGGUAACGUUUGUGCUACCAGAGCUUCCUCAAGAAACUCUUUUAGAGAGGGAACACAAUGAAACUCUGGCAAAACUUAACUUUGUACUUGCAUUAACUGAAUGUGUAACUAAAGUGGCAGAAUCAAGGGGUAGAGUUGAGAAACUCGUGUUGUUAGUGAAAGCUCUUCAACUUUUUAGUUCUGCCUUAAAUUUAGCAACAUCUCAAUUAAGAUCUGGAGCCUUACAACCAUCCGCAUCUGUGAAAAAUGUCGUGGGGGUUUUAAAUUCUAAAUUCCGAAUUUGCUUGGCUGAUUGCAAGCAACUGCAUUCACCCGGGAUAUUACAGAACUUGAGUACUUCAGCUGAUAAAAUCCUGUACAAUCAUGCGAUUCAUAUGUGUCAGUCUGCAGCUCUGGACGAACUGUUUGGAAAUCCAGCUGAUUGCUUUGAAAGGUAUCAAACAGCUCAGAUCCUUCUCCAUGCCCUGGCUCAGCAAACAACUCACACACAAGACAAGCAAUUGCUGACAAAAUACAAAGAGGCUGUGGAAAAGAGGUUAAAUGUACUUCAACAACAGGGGUACAUUUAUUCAAAUACGACUAAUCUAUAAUAGGAUUGUUUGUACAGCUGACUUCAUCACUUAAAGUUGAACAACGUUGCUCAACGAAAAUAAUAAUCAAAAGACUCAAUCGUGUUGCUAUUUAGUGUAAGAGGUAACUAAUCCUCUCUUGACUGAAGGUUGUGGACUGUUGAAGAGAAAUCUUUUAUUACCUCUGAUUACACAAAAAUUUACUUUCCAUAUUUUUGUAUCAUUGUAAAAAAAAAUGCAUUUUCAUUUGUGCUAAUUUUUAAGUUUAAGCUUAAUAAACAUUUUUCAAAAAUAGAAUUAUGUACAAAGUAUCCGGAAGAAUUUUAACUAGUCAAUGUCUUCCUUCCUUAGCAUGUAUAAUUAAGUUUGUUAUAAUUAAGCACAUUGUACAUAAAGUGCUUUGUUCAUAAUGACAUAUCAAUCUGUCUUAAUGAAUUGUGUCGCUUUGAAAAUUAUAAAGGCAGCAUUACCAUUGUGACAAUAUAAUAUUUAUAGUUAAAUAUCAAAUUGUAGAUCUCAAGUUUGAAAAUAAACUUUUUGCUUUAAUAAUUUGGGGGAUUCGACUGGAGGGUUGUUUUGUCUGUUUUAAAUUUGUUAUCCUCCAUUCAUGUAAUAUAUUAUUUUUAUGCUGAGUAUUUGUGAUACAUAGAACUUGUGUCUUAAUGGGUAUUAUUGUUAAAGAUGUAAUGUACAAAGAGAAAAAAGAAGGAUGAAAUGUCAUAUUCUGUUAAUCACGUAAAUGCGAAAUGUAUUAGAUCUGUAAAAAGCUUAUAAAAAAAUCUAUUUGUGAAGAAAACCAGAGACAAUUAUUCUAUAUAGACCAACUGAAAAACACUAACAGGUUAUCGCCUAAAAAAAAAUGCAUCAUAUAAUAUAUGUUUCGUUUAUGAUUUUAUGAUUACCUAAUUAUUUUUUUUACAAUAAAUAAUAUGA